UCCAUCACAAUGAGCAACAAAUUCUUGGGUACCUGGAAACUUGUCUCCAGUGAACACUUUGAUGAUUACAUGAAAGCUCUGGGUGUGGGGUUAGCCACCAGAAAACUGGGAAACUUGGCCAAACCCCGUGUGAUCAUCAGCAAGAAAGGGGAUAUUAUAACUAUAAGGACUGAGAGUACAUUUAAAAAUACAGAGAUCUCCUUUAAGUUAGGUCAGGAAUUUGAAGAAACCACAGCCGACAACAGGAAAACAAAGAGCGUCGUGACCUUGUCAAGAGGCUCGUUGAAUCAAGUACAGAAAUGGGAUGGCAAAGAGACGACAAUAAAAAGAAAGCUGGUGGAUGGGAAAAUGGUAGUGGAAUGUAAAAUGAAGGGCGUGGUCUGCACCAGAAUUUAUGAGAAGGUCUGA